AUGAUGAAAAAAUUAUCAUAUUUUACAUAUGAAUCCCUUCCUGUAUACUCGAUGGUAACUUCACUAGUGUUAGAUGGCAAUGUGUUAUAAUUCUACUUGAUCAAUGUAAGGGUUUUGAAAUGAAUUAGAGCCAACAUUUGCAAUAACAGAUUAAAAUAAUAUAAUGGCUUUCAGUAAAUAUUCUAAAGCAAAAUUUGCCUUACAAUUAAGAUUAUCCGCAGAGAUUGAUCAAAGCGAUGAUACAUUAAAAAUAAAGAGAUGGGCGAAUUUUGGUAUAACAUAUGAAGAAUUAUCACAAUUGCUUUAUCCCGAUUUAUUACCAGGAAAAGAAUUUGCUUUAUGUAGGAUGAAUAAAUUUAUAUUUGUAUAGAAUAUCGAAAGAAAUAAUUAUUUGGAAAGCUAUAUGAAAGUUAUUUCAAAUUAGUGUUUAUAGAGAAUGUAGAUCAAGACAGAUAAUUAACUUACAUAAUAAAUACUGAUUAGCAUGGAUAAUUUAGAAAAUAAAUAGAAGUAUGAAUGAAAUAGCAUAUUAGAAUUCAUUAACUUGGAUAUCAGGUUGGCAUCAUCCAAAAUAAUUUAUAAAGUAAUUAGAAGUAUAAAAACCGAUCAAUUGA